AUGUUAGACGAAACUGUCAAACUGCAGGCCAAACAAGUGGUAAACAAGCUGAUUCUCUUCCAAAUGGCUCUUGUUCAGGCCAUAGAAAUGAAAAGGGAGACAUUGAAAUGUACACUAGGACUAUUUGGAAGUUCUUUAGACUAUGAUUUCGCUAAAAGUAUCGGAAAAUCAUUGCAUGACACAUUGAUGUCCGCUGUUGCAAACAAAGACAAACUGGGAAUGCUGGUUAACUGCAAUCUCAUAAAUCUUAAAGAAAGAUUUAUGUCAGCUGCAGAACGAUAUCAAUAUCGCGAAAUAAAUAGUGGUUCGACAGCGCCUGAGCUUGAAGCAAAGGUAUAUUAUCUAUUGCUGAUGAAGGAUUGCGAGGACGAAGAAAGGCCUGAGUUUUCCCCUCAAAGAGAAGACGCCCCACUUUUGCAGUUCUUGGCCAGUAUGAAAGCAGCAAUCCUUGAUAGGGCCUUUAAUGUUUUGAAACGUGUUUUAGAGGUUUUCUUAAAAGGAACAACCGACCACAUUGAAAUUCAUUCAAGACGAAUUUGCAAUCUACUUGUAGAAGUUGCAUACGAAGUAGCAUAUGGAUCAGGACUGCUUAAAACACAGAGUUCCACUGUGCCCCAAACGAAUGUUGGCAGGCUAAACCUCAUAAAAAUGACAGUAUUCGUUGCGUUAAGGAAAAUCUUGAAAAAGCUGUUGACGGAAGGCAUAUCUCACGAGAUGACUGAGUGGAGAUCUGUCACUAAUCUGGAGGACCGGCAAAGCAGAAGAAAAAUUAUGGAACAGUUAUUUUCAAAAUUAAACAGCAAUGCCAUCACUGAGUCAAUUUGUGCCGCCUGUACGAAAAGUUUGGAAGACAUGCAUGAUGCCUUCCUUAAAGUCAUUGAUGAUCUCAGUCAACUGAGUUUCCCUAUCUCAACCAAGACCUCUAAACAAAUGGAGGAAAUGGCCACAUUGUAUGUCCCCACAGUGAGGCACCUUGUCGUGAAAGCUCUUGCUUUGCAGUUCCUGUUAACCAAGGGACCACUGGUACUGGGUCCAGUUCUGAAAGUCACAAAACAUGCUCAGCUUCAUGAGUGUGCUGGUUGGGCAGAGGAAUCGACCAGUGGUGCAUGCGUGGUGAAGGUGAUCAAAGAGGAAGAAGUGGAAGCAGAAGUGUGGGAACAGACGUCAGUAGACCUCUUUAACACCAGGUAAGCAGCUCUUUAGUUUUAAAGUACAUACAUACAUACACAUAUAUAAACAUGCAUACAUACAUACUUUGAGUAGGUUUAGGAGGGCAGCCAUAGGCUGAUGUGGGCCUACUAAUAAAAGUACAAAUAAUUACAAAAUAGAGAUAACAAGAUAGACAAGAAAUAAAACUAUUUACAAAAUUCAAUUAAGAUGAAAUUAAAAUGUUAAAACUAGAUUACAAUUCUUUCAUUGAUUAAUUUUAAACUAGAGCCAAAAAUAGAUUAAAAAUAGAUAAAAACCCUUGACAAAAUCGUGCUCAUUACGGUAAUUCCGUAGCUAAAGCAAUUACUACGAACACUGCAAGAGUUACUAUAACUAGUGUAUUUUCCCACCACUAAGAUGAAUCAUGACAUUAAUAUCGAUAUUACCUUUCACUGCUUCAUAUUGCCAAUACCUUUUUCAUUCGAGGACACCCAGAGUAGUAUAGUAGGGUGAAAACACAGGAAUAUCAUUAACGCCGCUGUGGUGGUGGUGGUGGUGCAGGGAAAACAAUAGAAAUGUAGAAAAGCAAAAAAGGAAGGCGGGAAAAAGAAAAAUUUGUUUUUGGUGGUAGAAAGGGCUUGUUUGCCUUCAUCCUCAUUAAAUACGUACGAUUUGCGCGCCAAGAAUUAGUGACUGAUCGGAACAAUUUGUUGGACAAUGAAAGCAGCAGGAAAAAAGAACUUGCAUAAUCACGUUAGUCUGCCGGGGAAGGGAGGGGCGUACUCCCUAUGAUGGCCUAUACGGGGGGCUCCACCCGAAAGGGGUAUCGUUUUCAGGCUUCAGGUAUAUGAAAGGGUAGGGAUUUCACUAGUUGAAGUAUAUAAAGGGGAGGGAAAUCUGUCAUUUGGGUCUGUGAAAGGGCCCAAAAGGGCUAACAGAUGAAUUUUAUGGCUUUAUAAAGUCCAGAAAACGUUCUAUUUUUGUGAUGUGCAUUUACUACAGUUAAAAGGAAUGCAAAGUUCUAAACAAGGUAUGUGAAAGGGAUACCUUUUUCGCGAAAAAUGGUAUAUAAAAAGGUAAGGGUUUGGACCUCGGGGCGGAGCCUCCCCGUAAAAAAAGAUCUAUUCAAUUAGAGAUACACAAAAGGGAAGAUAAUGAGAAUCCACCGCAUUUUAUUUAUGAGAUAAGACAAAAGGCUGUUACGUCAUCGGCGGUUAUGUAUUUCUGCGCAAGUUAGUGAGAUUCCUGCGCAAAAAACGCAGAAAAACAUCUCUAUUAUACAACUAGGUCCCAGUCAACCUCGUCCCCAGGGCUUUUCCCUUAAAAAAAGGGUGGAGGGAAAAGCCCUGGGGACGAGGUUGGGUCCCAGUGUUUUUUUUCGGAGAGAAUACAUCAUACCUCCUAAGUAUAUCCCUCCUAAGGGAUCCCUUAAGUGGAGUCAAUAUUUCGGGGCUCAUUCAGUCCAAAACAGUAUUUUCGUGUGCCAGGAGCCGUCAUCCCGCGUGUGUUUAGAGUAAAAAUCACUCGAAAUAAAGAGUAAAAAAUGUUCAAACAACCUCCAAACGGGAUUAUUCUGUAAGUAAGAUUUUUGCUGCACUUUUGGUGUUGAAAUAACUCUUUUAAAAAUUGUUGUGCAACCGUCUACCAUCAUUUUUAUUUCAGUUUCUAUCUAUACUCUUGGUACUGACCACCAAAACCAUUACCAUCACCGUUUCACGACCACCUGCCACUUAUAGGCCAUGUUAGAAUAAGCGGAAACUGGUACGACUUAUGACCGCAAAGGUUCUAGGGAUCAUUUGGGGUCCCAAAUGUCAGUUGUCAGUAAACCCCAUCUAGACCCCAAUCCAGUCCUCAUCAGAUCCACCACGCGAAUAAUGCUAGCGUUAUAUUCAUAGGCUAAUAAAGAAAAACUUGGUUUGUGUACUGCAUGUGUACUUUAUUGACAGGGAGAUACAGUCAAGGAUUGGGGAACCACAUCGUAACCUUCUCCAUGUCCAUGGCUGGUUAAUACCUGAGCCCGGGGUUAUUCAUGUUUUAACGGAAAAGGCCGAUACAGAUGUGACCACCGCCCUUCAACAGGGUCAGCUUUCUCUGAAGACCAGAAUGAGGAUAGCAUUGGAUGUAAUCAGUGGGGUAAAGGCGGUCCAUAAGGCGCGUUAUAUACAUCAGGACAUCAAGGCAGAUUCAGUUUUGGUAUGUUAAGGAAACGUUAACUUUUUCUUGGAGGAAGUCGUUGGUUGGAGAACGGAGAAGUGAUGAACAGUUAUUUGCAAAACGGGUGUUUAUAUUGAGCUGGCAGUUAACAUAUUAGCUUAAGUUAUCUUUCAAAAUACCAAAAUCUAGAUUUGAACCAAACAAAUUGAACUGCAGGAAAGCACUGAUAUUCAAAAGCAAAGAUUCUAAAGUACAACUUUGAUUGACAUGUAGCCUGCUGUCCCAGGCUCCAUGAUAAUGUUGCAGUCGUUUAGUUAUUUUUCGCGAGUACGUCCCCACCAUCUGACAGCCUCGCAAAGGCUAACUGACAUGGCGUUAAUAAGACUUACAAAAAUUUAGCCGCAGGGGAAAUUUUAAAGGGGAGUCGACGACUGUCGAUUUGCUGUCAAUCUUUAAAUUUAUUGCAUAAUAAUUUUGUUUCUCAGUGAGGUUUAACUGUUUCUGUUCUGUGAGCUUGAGAUGGCUAAUAUUGUGUACCUUUUCCGUAUAGUUCAACUAACAACCCACCCUUGAAUCUGACCACUAAUUGUUAUUUAUUUUUAUGUUUACUUGAUAACAGCUGAUGAGAGACGGUACAGCAAAGAUUAAUAUGACUAAACCUGAAAAGCCAUUUGAACGGACGCGGCAGGGAACACCUUUUCAUAUCUCAUUAGAGAUGCAUAAAAACUAUGGUAAAGGUCUGUCAAGCGACUCGUCUUACGACAUCUAUGCGUUUGGUGUCCUGCUUUGGGUGCUUUGCGAAGGAUCUGGGACGCAUCGACCCCGAGCCUACGAGAGGUACAGCACUAUCGCGGCCAUGAAGCUGGCAGUUGAAAGGGAAAUUUAUCCAGAACGCCCUGUCGACACCACUGAUGCUUGCUGGGAAUUGAUGAUGAAAUGUUGGCGCCAACGAUGCAUUUUGACAGCGGAUGACGUUUUGAAGGAGAUGGAGGAAAUAUUUCAUAAUUGCGUUCAAUAAUGGCAGAGCAACUUGUGAUGAACUCAAUAAAUUAUGACAUUUUGUUUCAGUAAUUUAAAAAGAUAUUUACGUCACAGAUAGUAGUCUGCUACACAGCCGUUUUUAGUGUCGUCACGCAACGCUCCUCCCCUGACUAACGGCUGCUGAAAAUCGAACCGCAUUCCUUUCCCGCGAUUAGCCAAUUAGAAUUCAGUUCCCAUUUUCUGGAGGAGCGUUGCGUGACGACACUAAAAACGGCUGUGUAGCAGACUACACAGAUAGUUGAAGAUUUCAAAAGUACAAAGUGUGCUAUCCAGCUCUUAGAUAUUCGUUGUAAAUUCAGACGGCAUGUUGUGAGAGUACUUCAAAUUCUGCGGAUGCUUCUGAGAGUUAUAGUCGUUUCGUUAUCUGCGUUAUUAAAUCAUAGAGCUAUGAAUAAGGGCCAGCUUCAUUUCUUUAUAACUGAGGGUGCUGGAAAACGUCCGUUUUUAAGGCGUAUUUUUUUAUUGCAGGGAUAUAUAUAUAUAAGCAAAUAAGCAAAGUCAAAUAAAGGUGUACUGU